CUUUUCCUUAUUGUCAAUUUCUUUCUUGAAGAAAAUAGUGCGUGCAAGCCCCGAAAUUUUGUCAAUAAAUAAUAACGGGAAAUUAUGGCUGCACAAAACUCAUAUUCUGUUAACAAUAUUACUCUUAAUAAUGUUGAUCACCAUACAGAAAAGAAACCUUUACAAAGUACUAGGAAAGCUAUCUUAAUAUUAGUUGGAAUAUUUGUACUCUCUGUCUGUGGAUUGUUUUAUUUAUAUACAUGCUUUCCUGAAUUAGAAGAGCAUGAAAAACAGUAUGUAAAAUUACCCAUGGAUAUAGAAGAUGCUAAAAAUCUAGGCAAAGUUCUUGCCAAUUACAAAGACAGAUAUUACUUCACAGUGCUUCUAGCUUAUUUUCUGACUUACAUAUUUUUACAAUCAUUUGCCAUUCCAGGAUCUAUAUUUUUAAGUAUUUUAUCUGGAUUUUUAUAUCCAUUUCCACUGGCUAUCUGUCUAGUGUGCACAUGUUCUGCUCUUGGAGCAUCCUUUUGUUACCUUCUUUCGUCUCAACUGGGAAGAAAAAUAGUGCAAAGAUAUUUUCCUGAAAGAGCAGCAAAAUGGUCUUAUCAGGUAAAUAAACAUCGAGAUCGCUUGCUGAAUUACAUUAUUUUCCUGCGUAUCACUCCAUUCUUGCCUAACUGGUUUAUAAAUAUUACUUCUCCUGUGAUUGGGGUACCUGCUUAUCCUUUCAUAUUUGGAACAUUCUUGGGUGUUGCCCCUCCCUCAUUUGUGAUGAUUCAAGCUGGAACAACACUGCAUGAAUUGACCUCAUCUGCUGAUAUUUAUUCAAUGAAAUCAAUAUUUAUGUUGUGUCUUAUGGCCGGUGUCUCUUUAUUACCUAUAUUAUUUAAAAGAAAACUACAAGAAAAAUUAGAAUAAUUGUCACAUUUUGUUGUAAAAACUGUAUAUGUGUUAUAAAUAUAUACAUAUUUAUAUUUUAAAAAUUUUCAUUCUUGGAGCUCGAGGAUGAAAGGGAUCAAUUUUUCAAAAUAUUUCAUUUUUUAUACUCUUUGUUUUAAAAUUAAUUUAUCUGUGAACUUUUCAGCUUACUUUUCAUUUAAAGUGGAAGCAAUUUUAAUUUUUAGGCUUUCUUUUUAUCAUUUUUAUUUCAAUGUUUUGUUUUUUUAUUUUAUUUUAAAUGAAUAGAGAAUAUGCAAAAGAAACUUCAUUAACUAUCUUUAUCUCCUUAAGUAUUAAACAUUUUACAAACUAAACCAAUAUUAAAAACAGAUAUUCAAUGAGAUAUUGUUGAAAUGUAUCACUGUAUGAUAAUCUUAAAAACUUUCAAGAUAGACAAUUUUAAGAAUAUUAAUACAGAUUAUGGGAAUGAAAAUGAAGUAAUGAUUAAUAUAUAGUUUUGAAAAAAAAAUCUUUUGUAGCUAUUUUUACUUAUUCAUAUAUUUAAUAUUAUAAUGGUAAAAAAAGUCCUAGCUUGAAAAAAAAAAUUGAAUUUUACAUGAAAUAAUUUUUAUUUAUUUAUUUAUUUUAUUUUUUGUAUGAAAAAUGGUUGGAUUAAACAUUUGUAAUGAAUUUGAAAAAAUGAUUGUAAUGAAUUUUAAAAAAUAUAUAUUUAAUAUGAAUUUGCUUUAAAUACUCUUUGCUCCAAAAUUCAUUGAAGGCAUGGAGGUGCUAGAUUUGACUUUUAUAUGAAUAUAAGUUUAUAAUAUAAUAUUGGCAUAAUAAUUAUGUUUUAAAUAGCAUUAAAUCUAAAUAAAAUGGAUAUGCUGCAAUUUAGAAAAACAAAAUAAAGAUGACAUUUGUCAUGAUUUAUUACAAUAUGCGAUGCAUUUUUAUUAUAACUUUUGAAUACCUAAAAAUAUCAAUUGUAGUGAUUUUAUUUGUAAAGGCAUCAAGCGAAUAAUAAUUAUUUUAAAAAAAACUCUUCACCCAACUUGGGAAAAUAUGCAGCUUUGACCUCUAAUAAACCGCAGCAAAGUUUCAUAAUAAAAUGAAAACAUUUCCAUUUCAUUUUUUAGGUUUCUUACUUUGUUUUGAUUUUUCUAAAAUGUACUUUUCAUGCCGUUAUCCUAUUUCUUUCGAUCAAUGCAUUUUAAGGCUACUUAAUGUACUUUGCAAACUGUUUCCAUGUGGGACCAGCCUAGUUACUGUAUGUGUUUAAUGCACUACUGAGAAUAGCAUCAGUGUACUAGCAUUCAAAUUUCUUCACAUAUCAAAUAUUUUGAUAUAGAAACCUGUAAGUCCAAUUUAAUAUGAAUUGCUGGUUCUUUAUCUAGUCUUAUUUCAGCAUUUAACUAUUAAGUUUUAUAAUUAUAUUAUAAUUAUGAUAAUAUAAAAGAAUUGUAUUAGAAUCUAAUUGCAUGUCAUGAAAAAGAAUUUUGUUUGCUGUUAUAUUCUGUUAAGUUUUUAAGCUUGUUAAAUAAACCAAAA